AUGGAUAUCCAAAAUCUGAUCUCAUUCUGCCCUGUACUGACCAAUUUAAUACUAAAUUAUUUUGAGGGCAUCAACCGUCUAAACAUUCAGCCUCCUAAACUAGAAUAUCUUAAUGUUGCUGGGGACUUUGAAGACAUUGAUUUGGAUGCCCCUAAUCUGAAGGCAGCCAUUCUCUUCCAUUAUCACAAAUCUAAAGCAUAUCAAUCUAUUCAAAUUGCGCAUGACAAGGAACGCCAUGUCAAGAAGUCAUUGGGAAGCCUAAGUGAGAUCAAAACACUUGGAAUUUCUGGCAGUUUCAUGAAGUAUCUAUCAAAGGCGUGCAUACUUACGAAACUCCCUGUCGUGUUCACUCGCCUGGAGGAUAUUUAUCUUACGAUAUGCUUUUGGGACCAGAGGCAAGUCUUCACCGUGUGUUCAUUGUUUCAGAAUGCCCCUAGGUUGAAGAAGCUUGAUAUGUGGAGUUACCCUGGGAGCACAUGGGAUCAGGAUCAGGCGAGCAUUCAAGAGCUUACCCUGCAAAUGCAAACGAACCAUCUCAUAACGGUCAGUGUGAAUGAUUUCCGGGGUGUGGACCACGAAAUCAAUUUUGUGGCAAAGCUAUUGAGCUGGGAACCUGCUUUGGAAGAAGAGAGAAUAAAGUGGAAGGGUGAAAUGGACUGCAGCAUGGUUCUUACCAGGCUAUUGGCUCUGCCGAGGGUGUCUCCCAGGGCCAAGGUCAUUGUCACAUUUUGA